GGAAGCUGAAAUCAGACCCCACUACUGGUCACCAGCCCUCUGCUCUUCAGACGAAGAGCUGAACGACCCAGAAAAUGGGGAAUCAGGGAGGAAAAGUAACUGUUGAGAAUAAAACUCCAUACAAAUGGACCGUCUGUCACGAUAGUCAAGAGAUGACACUUCCUAAGGAAUAUGUGACGCAUUGUAUUGGUCCCUAUGGAAGAUCAUCUAUGGAGUAUACUAUUCUUCUUAACUGGUUAAUAACCUUCUACGUUCAUGUGAAGUAUGGACACUGUUCAGAGACAGAGUGCUAUAGAAAACCAGAUCUGUGGUACAAAUUAAAUCCAAGAGGUGACCCUCACUUCAUUAUUCGAGAGUGUGGAGACCAAAUUUACCUGGACUGCAACAUAAAUUACGAGGAGAAGAAAUCAACAUGCCCAAAUUACGGCAAACUUGAAGAUGAUGCCCGACAGAGAGAGGCGGAGCGAAGACGGGAGAAAGAGAAAGAGGAACAGCGACGGCAGGCACAGCUUGAGCUGGAAAGAAGAAUUGAAGAACAGAUCAAAAGAGAAAGUGAAAUAUCUGCUAAGAAGCUUUCUCAGGCCAAUGAGAGACUGAAGCAGAAAGAAAUCCUAAGAGGCCAGCAGUUCCACCAGCAAACCCAUAUAAUACAACAGCCACUGGAAGUCUAUACAGUAGACAGAGAUGAGGUUGCAGAAAUGGAGAAGGAUUUCAUUGACCUGAUGUUCAGUUAUGAAAUUACUGAAAUCGAAGACUCAGAAGAGCCAUUAGCUGACAGAAUGAAACGCCUACAAAAUGAAAUAAUGGUUGACUACUGUAAGAAACACAACCUGUCCAGCAGCUGCAUGUUUUCGUUUGAUGCUGCAGUUGAUUAUGAUACUCUGCCUCUUAGUGACAGACUGUCAGUCCUUGAAGCAGUACUGCAAGUAGUUUUUGAAGAGACUGAGGAUGACCAUGAACAUCAAUAUGACCGGGACUUUUUACUCAGUGUGCUUGAACAGCUGAAUGACACUCAUCCAUCACUUGCAGGGAAACUUUUGCAGAACAUUCUUUAUACAGAUGUGCAGCUUACCAUGCAGAGUAAAGAAAUUCUGUGUCAGAUCUUGUUCAACAACAUGUGGACACCAGGAGAAAUAACUGAUUUUAUGUGGAACAUCACUGGCAAAGACACUGAGCAAGUGUUCUCAUUACUCCACAUGGCACAGACCUACAAAGUAGAGUACUGCAACGUAUUUAAUGCUCUGUGUACAUCUGAUCCCCUCAGAAUGUUACAAAACCAUGUUUACAAUGAGAGACACAAAGACGCUAAAACCAUUUUAAGAGAAAUGCAUGAUGAAAACCUCCCUGAGAAUGUGUUAACUAUCCUGGAGGAUGUCCUGUUAUAUCUGGAAAAGGAGCUUCCAAAAAAUGCAACAGCUGAUCUCAGUGAAAGUGAAGUUGAAGAUUUGAAGAAGAAAGUUAAAUCAAUGGAUUUCAAUGAUCCAGACAGAGAUGUCCUCAAACAAGUGCUGGUUAAGAUGUCAGUUGCAGUAAAAAAGUGCUCCACUCUCAUCUUUCAAAAGGGUGAAAAGAAAACAGUUAUUGAAGGAUAUGUUCCAAGAUUAACUCAGCUUGCAACACUGGUCAUUUUCCUUCUUUCAAAAUCAAAAACAAAUACAGGAUGUCUUCUUGAAAUCGGGACAGGGGAAGGAAAAUCUUGUAUUUUAGCCAUGCUUGCUGCAAUUCAUGCCAUUCGUGGUGUAAAGGUGGAUCUUGUGACAAGCUCUCCAGUCCUUGCCUGCCGUGAUUUAGAAGAAUGGAAAGAACUGUACAAAAUGUUUGGCAUCACAUCAUCUGUCGUUCCUCCACCUUUAAAUGAUUCCCCACCUGAAAAACAUGAUGAACUGAUUCAAGAUGCAUAUAAGCAACAAGUCGUUUACAGUACUGUAGGAACAUUUGCAGCAGAUACACUGAGACAAGAGUUUGAGAAGAAAACGACUCGAGGAGAAAGGAGUUUUGAGAUGGUCAUUGUGGAUGAAGUUGAUUAUAUGACCUUGGAUAAUGGAGUUCAGAUUACAUUUCUCUCUCAUGAGUCCAGAGGUCUACAGCAUUUGGAGCAAGUCCUUGCAAGCAUUUGGGCUGUGACUUCAGCAUGCCGACCAAUUCAAAUGGAAGAAACUGGAGAGAUCAUGUGGGCAACAAGAGUCCAGAAUUUUCAUACGGCUGCACUGCUCGCAAUGAUAGGUUCUGACACAUCUGGCACAUUUUCACCACUGGACAUUUUGUUGCCAGGCACUGAAUUGGGCUUUUACUCAGAGGAAGACUUUGAAAUGUUAAAAGUGUCUGUUAAUGCAGGUGAAGGGAAAGAGGAAAAGGCAACCUUGCAUGAUGACGCAUGGAAGUCUCUCAUGGCAAAAACUGGAGUGGAACAGCAAUAUGACCUGCUUAGUGUCCUUGAGAUGGGAAUGGAAAACAAGGUGGCGUUUAACUGUUAUGUCUAUCAGUCAGAAACUAGGAAAGCUGCUCGCUUUGGAGAUCAAAAAACUGAAACUGACCAAAACAUCAACAUGCUGCUACUCGAGAAUGGAAAGGCUUGUGAGAUCAUGUCUGAAAAAGUUCUUGUUGAAGCCACUGUUGCAGAGCUGACAUCCAAAAUUAAAUAUUCUAAACAAUGUCAUUCAAAUGCAGACACAGAAGAAAACACUUUUGUGAUCCCUCCUUUCAUGGAGGAAUACUUGCAAAAGCAACUGCCAGUGUUUGUUGAGAAUGCCCUGAAGGCCAUUCAAAUGACAAAAGGCAGAGAGUACAUGAUUGAGAAGUCACUCAGAGCUCAAGGAGUGGAUAUUAGUGAAGAAGACCAACACAUGUAUCACACAGUAAUUCCAGUGGACUUUCAGGCCAGUGGGAUGUUGGAGAAAAGCAAACGCUGGGGUGAUGGACUGCAACAGUUUUUGGAGAUGAAACAUCAGUUAGCUUUAUCACCUUUAUCAAACGUGACUAACUACAUGUCGAAUCGGAGUUUCUUCAAGAGAUAUCUCAGUGGGAAAGGAAUAUUUGGUGUUUCUGGAACAUUGGGAGGAGAUGCAGACAAGUGUUUCCUGACAAGGCACUACAAAACAGACUGCUAUGUUAUACCAGCUCAUCAGCGUAAGAAAGUUACUGAGCUGCCUGCAGUGCAAGUGAGGGGAGGCACUGAUAAAUGGAUUCAGAGGCUUUGUGACACAGUUUCAAAGGUCUCUGACAGGGGUCAGGUUGUGUUGGUCGUAUGUGAAGAUGUCAACACAGCAAACACCCUUAAUGAAAAAAUAACAGCAGGCACCAAGCAUCCAGUUACCAUGUACACAAACAGUGAAAGCCACAGCAUUGAGAAUCAGGAGUUCACUGAGGGACAGAUCAUUAUUACCACUAACCUUGGAGGACGUGGGACUGACAUUAAGGUUACAAAGGAAGUCAAUCAACGUGGAGGUCUUUUCGUGAUACUUGCCUACUUUCCCAACAACCGACGAGUGGAGCAACAGGUCUUUGGGCGCACAGGUCGAAAAGGCACACCAGGCAUGGUCCAACUAAUACUGAACCAUGAGCACCUCGCUCAGGCUUAUCAGGGCCAUUCCAUUGAAAUCAUGCGGGAACUCAGAGAAGAGUUUGAAAGUAAACGUAUUAAGGACAUGGAGAAAGAGAAACUGGUUGAAAUUGAGAUGAAGGAAGAGCUUUUCUCCACAUUUUGUGAGUUCCUUAGUGACUUUGAUCAGCAUUACAGCACAGAGGAAAAGACAGAUCUCUUUGAAGUGAAAGUAAAAGACGUUCCUCGUUACUUUGAGUCCUGUUGCACUAAGAUGGACUAUCACCCAGCUCUGAAUGCUUUGAAAGAAUCAUGGGGUUUAUGGCUGAUUCUUCACACAGAUCAGAUCAACACACAGAAUGACAUCAAGAAACUGAAAGAAGACCUCAUCCAGCAUUUGCAGAACACAAGUAACAAACUUUUACAAGGUAACAGUGAAAAUUUCUACGAUCACAUCCAGCAGGCUUUGGGACGAACUGCCUUGCACUUUCAGAACAAAACCAAAUGUGACUAUGGAGCAAAGUUCUACUGGGAAAAAGCAUCUGGCUUUGAAAACUACUACCGAGCUAUUGCACUGUAUAACCAAGCUUACGUUACUAUUAACAUGGCUAAGGAGAACUACAAAAACGAGGCACGUGUCUUACUCGAGGAGACAGAGAAAGCUAUUGAUGUUUAUGUGUCAGAAACCGCAAAUACUCUGAGUUUAGUUUCCAUGUCUGUUACUAGUGAUUUUGAACCACACCACAGUGAUAGCCGUAACUUCCAAACACAAAUGCAGGCUAGGAUGAAUAUAUUUCAGUCUUGGAAGAGAAAUAUCACAAAAAUACUCGAAGUCCUUGCAUCGAGUGAAGAUGUUACAACUGUGGACUCCGCACUCUACAGCUUAUCAUCUUGUGAGGAUUUCGUCUCUAGUAGUGAAUUCAGCCUCUUCCAUAAUUAUGGUCUUGCAGUUGUGUUUGAGGUGAAAAAAAAGCCUCGGUUCUCCUUUGAUGCUCUGAUCUGCUGCUUUAUUGGUGUGGCUCAGGUGGUAGCAGGAGUGCUAAUAUGUGCCUUGUCAGCUGGUUCCCUGUCCUCUUUUGGCCUUGGCUUGAUAUCUGAAGGUGUGUCUGACAUGAUAAGUGGAGUCACAG